AUGUCUCACAGUAAAACAGAGUCUUUAAAUUUCUAUACAUAUUUGUGUCAAAAUAUUGGAUCAGAGGCAAUAGUAAAAGCUAGACGAUUGAAAUGUAUAAGUAGUGACUUUGCAAGUUCCAACAAUCUUUUUCCUUGCAUUUACAGUGGAAGUCGAGGAGAGGGACUGGAUCUUGAAGGUAGUGAUAUUGAUGUAAUGCGAAUUUGUUCCUCCUAUGUAGUAUACGAAUCAGAUAAAUAUAUUGUCCAUAAUUGGUUGCCAGUGUUAGUAAUGGAUACUGAGGACUCACCACCGUGUUUUACACAACUAGAAUUAUAUAGCAAUGUUAAUAACUUACCAAACAUCUUCAAACAACAGCUACAACAACACAGAGGUAAACACCUUCUUUCUAGUGAGCUUUACAAAUCACAAUUGUUAGAACAAAUUUGUUUUUUUGGGCUAGGAGUGAAACUAAAUAUGCAUGGUCCAUGUUUGUCAGAUAUAAAUGAUAAUCUGGAUUUUGCAAUCUGCCUUAAAUGUGACAAGUGGGUAUUUCAAGCCCAACCAUGGAUCUCAAGACCACGUUUAAUAUGGCCAUCACCUGAACUUAUUUCCAAAAUAACGUCAUGCGGUACUUUAUUUGUUCCAAUAGGUAACAAGGGAUCUAUACAUGAGAAUCUUCAGUGGCGAAUAUCAUUUUCUGUUGCAGAGAAGAUACUGAUAUUUUCUUUCAGUCAUACCCAGUUACUAUGCUAUGCUUUGUUAAAGAUAUUAUUGAAAGAAAUAGUGAACAGAGAGGAAGAAUUAAAAGGUUUGUUGUGUUCAUACUUUCUGAAAACUCUUAUGUUUUGGAUAUCAGAAGAAAAUGUAACAUCAGUCUGGAGACCCGACAAUAUCAUUCCCUGUUUUAUGGCCUGUUUAAAAAGGUUACUAUACUGUAUAGAAUAUUCAACGUUGUUACAUUAUUUCAUUCCUGAUAACAACUUGUUAUAUCUAAGAUUUAACAAUAAACAAAGGAACACAUUAAUAAACAUCCUUAAGCAAUCAUACAAAAAAGGAAUUCGGGUUUUCUCCUCAUCUCAGACUUUACAUGAUUACAGAAGAUUUCCAUGUGAAACUGCAAGAUCAAUGUGUGAAAAAACUCUGUAUACAGUUAUAGUAAGCAUGAGAGAGUACUUCUAUUCACCUUUUAUUACAAACAGUUUAUUCUUAUUGUUCACUUUGCUAAAUCAUUGCAAAAGUGAAUUAUCCAGAUAUAUCUUUAAACAGUCAUUAACAAGGUCAUAUCAACAAAUGCCUUGUCCACUACCACAUGUAAAUAACCCAAACAAUAAACAGCAAUACAAAUUCUACAAACUUGACCUCAGUCAGUUGUUGGUUGGAGUACAGUCAGAUGCAGCGUCAGGAUGGCUGAUUUUGGCUUCUUUCUUCUAUAGUCACAAAAAUUAUUUAACAUCAAUAGAUAUUAUUAAAUACACUUUGUCCAAAUGUGCAGAUGAAUCAUCUUUGUCGAUGAUUACACUGAAACAGAAAAACACACUGAAGUUGAUGUCACUAUUACCAUUUCCAUCUGUAGUAUUUAACAAGUUCAAACUUAAUUCAGUCAUUCCAACGGAACUAAAGUCUCCUCAUAUGUUUGAUUUAUUGAUGUGUAUAAGUUCCAUACCAUUUGCACAUUUCCUCCGUUUUCUGUGUUGUUACCAUUUACACGACUUAAGAACAAUUCGAUAUUGUAUAAGCAAGUUAUCAGAAACAGUAAUUGAAUACAGUCACUCAAGAGAACAAGACUCGUUAGUAAUUAUAUAUAAUUUUCUUUUACUGGGAAUAGCUUUUCAGAUGUUAGGAGAAACAGAAUUAGCUAGAACAUAUUUUCGUAUUGCUGCACAGUAUGAUCUGAAUGGUGUAUCAUCUGCUUCAUUUAGACUGCGUCAAUUCUGCUGA